GAGUGGUGGGCGUGCGACGGCACGCGCUAACCGCCGGAAGCCGUCACUUGCUAGGCUCGUCAUUGCAGCGCGCGCUCUCCCGCUACACACAGUAGUUUAGCAAGCGUCGCAUACCGCGCUAUCUGACCCGCUGACACGGGACCUCUCGCCCCUUUAUCAAACCGGCACUAUCGCUCGCUGCGAACGACGGUCCACCCCAUGAGUGUAUAACUUCACCCAAGAAAUGUGGCGUAACUUAGCGUUAUUGACGCUAUGCGCAUGCGCGCUCGGGUGCGAGCUGGUGCCUGAAGUAACUGACGCGGCAAAGUCGCCGGGAGACAACUUCUACAGAUUGCUGGUCAAUGGUGAUGUGGAGAGAUAUGCGCCAGGGGAGAGAUACGUUGUGACGCUAGUCGGCUCGCGCACGCACGACGUGGUCCAGAAGUUCACGCGCUUCAUGAUAACGGCCUCGCCCCUGGACCCCGCGGCGCCGCGCGCGGGCUCGCGCCAGGGCCAGUUCCAGCUGUUCGCGGACACGCUGUCGCGGUUCGAGGACUCGUGCGUCAACACCGUGGUGGAGGCGGACGACCUGCCCAAGACCGAGGUGCAGGUCAUGUGGAAGGCGCCACCUAGCGGCUCCGGAUGCGUGCUACUCAAAGCCAUGGUAUACGAGAACCAGAGCCGCUGGUUCGCGGAAGACGGUCAGCUGACGCGCCGGAUUUGUGAAGACACUUCCCUCUCAGCUUCCGACUGCUGCGCCUGCGACGACGCCAAAUAUAGGAUGGUGUUCGAAGGGCUGUGGUCUGCGCAGACGCACCCGAAGGACUUCCCAGUGCAGGCGCUGUGGCUGACGCACUUCUCCGACAUCAUCGGCGCCACGCAUCCCAAAAACUUUUCCUUUUGGGGCCCGGGGGAGAUCGCCACUGAUGGCUUUAGAAUGUUAGCGGAGUGGGGUUCGGUCCAGCUGCUAGAGCGGGAGCUGAGACAGCAGGGCAAGAAGCUGCGGUCCAUCAUCAAGGCGCCGGGGCUGUGGUACCCGCACGUCAACUCCAACACUUCCGCCGUGUUUACCGUCGACAGGAAGCGACAUCUCGUAUCACUCGCCUCCAUGUUCGGUCCGUCCCCGGACUGGGUGGUGGGCGUGAGCGGGCUGCAGCUGUGCCGCGCCGACUGCUCCUGGCAGCGCCGCCUCGCGCUCGACCUGUUCCCGCACGACGCGGGCACCGACAGCGGCGUCAGCUACAUGUCCCCGAACUCAGAAACAUCCCCCCGCGAGAAGAUGUACCGCAUCACGACCAUGUACCCCGAGGACCCCCGCGCCCCCUUCUACGAUCCCUCGCGGAAGGAGAUGGCCCCCAUGGCACGCCUACACCUCAUCAGGGAGAAGGUCAUCAGCCGGGGCUGUGAUGAAGAGACGCUGCAGGCGCUGGUCGUUGAGGACGAGGACGAGGUGCAGGAGACAGCUAAACCGGAAUGCGCGGUGUCGGACUGGGGCCCGUGGUCGGAGUGCUCGGUGACGUGCGGCAAGGGGCUGCGCAUGCGCACGCGCGAGUACCGCUUGCCGCAGAAGGCGCAGAUGUUCGCCUGCACGCGGCAGCUCGUCGGCAAGGAGAUGUGUGUCGCCGCCGUGCCUGAAUGCGAGGGCGGCGCGGCCCCCUCGCCGGCGCUGGACAGCGAGGACGUGGACGCCGUGUGCCGCACGAGCGAGUGGGGGCCCUGGAGCGAGUGCUCAGUCUCGUGCGGCGUCGGCGUCAGCACGCGCCGCCGCCACUUCCUCGACCACAUGGGGCUCAAGAAGUGCCCGCUGGUCAGCGUCGAGGAGAACCGCAAGUGCAUGGAGCCUCAGUGCACGGAGCAGGAGCUGGACAUCUCCGACCCCGCCUGCCCCACCACCGACUGGGCCGGCUGGUCUCCGUGCUCCGCCUCCUGCGGCCGCGGCGUCAGGUUCCGUACUCGCCUCUUACUGGUGCCACCGGAACAACAACAGGAAUGCUCGUCGAAGGUGGAGUUGAUGCAGCAGCGACCGUGCCGGGAGAAGGACGACUGUUCCAUAGACAUGCUGACUGCCAAGCGCAUCUGCAUGGAGGAGCCGUCGCAGGGCCCCUGCCGCGGUUUGUACCAGCGCUGGGCGUUUGUAGCCGCGAAGGGCAUGUGCGCGCCCUUCUCCUACGGCGGCUGCCGCGGCAACCAGAACAACUUCCUCACGCAAGACGACUGCCUCAACACCUGCUCUGUGGUGCUCGGAGGCGGGUCGGUCUCGGUGCCGGCGCCGGCCGCGGCGUCGCCGCCGGCGGUCAGCUCCAACUACCCUGGCCUGAGCGUCAGCUCCGUGGUGGCUGUGCCGGCUAGCAUUGCCGGUCCGACUUUGUCCAACCCUGGCGACUGUCAGAUGAGCCCGUGGAGCACCUGGAGCCGCUGCAGCGUGUCGUGCGGCCUCGGCUACCAGGAGCAGACCAGGACUGUGCUGUCGGAGGCAGCCCCGGGCGCCGCGCCCUGUCCGCAGCGCCGCUCGCGACGCCGCCGCUGCACGAGGCACUGCUAACAGUGCGUGACGUCACCACAACACGUCUAACAUUAUCAUGAACAUGAACUUAGAAUGAACUAUAAAACUAAAAAUAUACGGGCGGAGCGUCAAAGGGCUACCUAAUAUUGGUUAUCGUAAAUAUCGUUAUUCCAAAUUUUCAACUCCCUGCUUCUGUCAGAAAUCUCAAAUUUAUACAAAGUCGUAACAGACUUGUUUAAAAUUUCCUAUAUACCAAAUAGUGCCAAAGAUCGAUAAAUACUCGAGUAAGCGAUACUUAGUUAAGUCGUUAAAGAAUACUUCUACUUAAGCGAUUAGCAUUUCGAUGCAUUUAGUUUUAUAUUUUUGUAAGCCAUUACUGACAAUAAAACAGUUUUAAGCAUUA